CGAUGUUCCAGGAGGUCGUCGUUUCUCUCAAGCUCCACCUGCUUACCUACUCGCGGCUCGGUUGGUUAAACGACACUAGUGUCGAUUCGGGAUUAGCGCCACUGUAAUCGAUUUUGAAGGUUGGAAUUAUUUUCACUGCCUCCAACCACAACUACAACCUCAAAGUUUUUUUCAAAGCACACAGGGCGAGCCAACGCAAGGAACCCUGCAAGCUCACUUCAAAUUCAUCAUCUAACGAAUUACCCUCAACCAAACCUCCAACAUGUCUGACGAGCAGAACUCCGGUGCCGCUUGGCCCGUCGCCGACACGGCCCUCACCCAAGAGAUCCUCGACAUCGUCCAGCAGGCCAGCCACCACCGCCAGCUGAAGAAGGGCGCCAACGAGUCUACCAAGACGCUCAACCGCGGUAUCUCCGAGAUCAUCAUCCUCGCCGCCGACACCGCCCCUCUCGCCAUCCUCCUCCACCUUCCCCUUCUCUGCGAGGACAAGAACGUGCCAUACGUCUACGUUCCCUCCAAGACCGCGCUCGGCCGCGCCUGCGGUGUGUCCCGCGCCGUCAUCGCGACCAGCAUCACCACCAACGAGGCGUCUGAUCUCAUGAACCAGAUCCGCGCUCUCAAGGACAAGGUCGAGAGAUUGAUGAUCUAGAUUACGCCUGUGGACGGGUGCAAAACGGAGUCUUUCUGAAAAUUUCUGUCGCUGGAAUGCGACCGGGGUUUGGGCUUACGGACAGGGCGUGGUGGGGGGUUUUUUUCUGAUUUGAAUUUUGUACAAUCUGCUGACAAUCGAUGCGAUCAUUGGUGGGUUGCAGAUAAAUGCAAAAGAAAUCUCUUGAUCACUCAAAAAUAUGUUCAAUUCCCGUUAUCACUUGUGAAUGAGAUUCCUUGUGACACAGGAAGAACUAUUGUGUGAAUUUCUAUAUGUGACAUGUCGACUUAACCAUAACUCACUCACAGACACACCAUUAACCACCAGAUCAGAUGAAAGUUGAGUUUCAAUUUCUAACGACAUUCAUGCAAGCAUUAUAAGUAUAUACCUCGGUGGCGCCAAGUCCCAGGCCGCUCUCACCAGCCAGAGAAAUCACCGAACGCCAGGUAUGUACCACCAGUAUCCUUCCA